UCAUUCAUUCACAAUUCACUUCACUUUUCAACAAACCUUCGAAGCAAAGCCAAAUCCAAUACCAACAUCACUCUAUCAUUUGCUUCAUUUUUCAGACUUAUUCAAUCCCCUUACUCUAUAAAAAUAAUCAAUUCUUCACUCACUUUUUCAGCUCAUAAUUAAUAUACAUACAAACAUAUAGAUUGAAUGUUGUGAAGAGAAAAAAUGGGUUUCUCCAAGGACUCAUGGUGUGUUUUUAUGCUGCAAUUGUUCAUAGUGGUUUGCCUUAUAGUCCAAAGUUUUGAUGUUAAAGUGCACGCUGAUCUGAACGCGACACUAACUGUAAAUGCUUCCCUAGCAUCCGGAAGGCGAAUACCGGAUACACUUUUUGGAAUAUUCUUUGAGGAGAUCAAUCAUGCUGGAGCUGGUGGAUUGUGGGCUGAGCUUGUGAGCAACAGAGGAUUUGAAGCUGGCGGCCCUAACACUCCUUCAAAUAUUGAUCCUUGGUCAAUAAUUGGAAAUGAAACAUAUAUUAAUGUUGAAACUGAUCGUACAUCUAUCUUUGAACGUAAUAAGGUUGCACUUCGAUUGGAGGUGUUAUGUGACAGUACUUGCCCUGCUGAUGGCGUUGGCGUUUAUAACCCUGGUUUCUGGGGCAUGAAUAUUGAGCAAGGGAAGAAAUACAAAGUUGUAUUCUACGCUCGUUCAUCAGGAGCACUUAAUCUAACAGUUUCAUUGACCGGAUCUAACGGUGUGGGAAACUUGGCUUCAACUGUGAUCACGGGUUCUGCAUCCGAUUUUUCAAACUGGACGAAGGUGGAGACUGUAUUGGAGGCCAAGGCAACAAAUGGAAACUCAAGACUUCAAUUAACUACAACCACAAAGGGUGUGGUAUGGUUGGACCAAGUGUCUGCUAUGCCAUUGGACACAUAUAAGGGACAUGGUUUCCGAAAUGAUCUUUUUCAAAUGGUGGCAGAUAUGAAACCAAGUUUUAUCAGAUUUCCGGGGGGUUGUUUUGUCGAAGGAGAUUACUUAAGGAAUGCGUUUCGUUGGAAAGCAUCCGUUGGACCUUGGGAGGAGAGACCGGGACACUUCGGUGAUGUAUGGAAGUAUUGGACUGAUGAUGGACUUGGCUAUUAUGAGUUUCUUCAACUAUCAGAAGAUUUGGGCGCUUUACCAAUAUGGGUAUUUAAUAAUGGUGUCAGCCAUAAUGACGAAGUUGAUACAUCCUCCGUCUUACCUUUUGUGCAAGAAGCCCUUGAUGGACUAGAGUUUGCGAGAGGUGAUCCGACUUCAAAAUGGGGUUCCCUUAGAGCUGCUAUGGGACACCCGGAGCCAUUUAACCUAAAAUACGUUGCUGUUGGAAACGAGGAUUGUGGAAAAAAGAACUAUCGUGGAAACUACCUGAGAUUCUACAGUGCAAUACGACAUGCUUAUCCAGAUAUCCAAAUUAUCUCAAACUGUGACGGUUCUUCAACUCCUCUAGAUCACCCUGCUGAUCUGUAUGAUUAUCAUAUUUAUACGAACGCGAAUGACAUGUUUUCUAAAGCUACAGCGUUUAAUCGAGUAACACGAAGUGGUCCAAAGGCAUUUGUAAGUGAGUAUGCGGUGACUGGAAAUGAUGCCGGGCAAGGAAGUCUUUUGGCAGCCCUAGCUGAAGCCGCAUUCCUUAUUGGAAUCGAAAAAAACAGUGAUAUUGUCAAUAUGGCUAGCUAUGCUCCACUUUUUGUAAAUGCCAAUGAUCGGAGGUGGAACCCCGAUGCAAUCGUAUUCAACUCUUUUCAGCACUACGGAACUCCUAGCUACUGGAUGCAGUUAUUUUUCUCAGAGUCAAAUGGAGCAACAUUUCUGAAUUCAACACUUCAAGCGACUGCUUCAAAUUCACUAAUUGCAUCAGCAAUUACUUGGGAAAAUUCUGCUGAUAAGAAAACUUACAUACGAAUAAAGGCUGUGAACUUCGGUGCCAGCACUGUGAACCUUAAGAUUUCUUUCAACGGAUUAGACCCAAAUUCAUUGCAGUCAUCUGGAUCAUCAAAGACUGUGCUUACAUCUCCAAAUUUAAUGGAUGAGAACUCUUUCGUGCAGCCAAAAAAGGUGGCUCCAAUCAACAGUCUACUUCAAAAUGUUGGGAAGGACAUGAAUGUGGUAGUACCACCACAUUCAUUCACAUCACUUGAUUUGUUGAAAGCAUCCAGUAAUCUGGAGAUGCCGGGAAGUGAUUCUUCAUCAUGGUCUUCUGUUUAAAGUGAUGAUAAAUUAUACCAAAAAAUAAAGAGGAUGGAAUUGGUUCUUUGCAAUUGUUGCAACUAACCAAAAACAUCAUCUUAUUUGCUUAUCUACAAAGUUAUGUAAUUUAACAAUGCUCUCUGUAAAUAAUAAUUAUCUAGUUUGGUUUAAGUUUAAUUUUAUGCAUUUCAAGGUGAA